UAAUGUUGACAACGCGGUAUUUCUCCUGAUUGUUUAUGUUAUAAAAUUUUAUACUCAGUUUUUAUUAUUUAGAACAGUAAUAAUUUUUGUUACUUUAAUUGCUUUUACAUGACAAUGACUUGAUGUUGUUUUAUUUUUUGAUAUUAGUAAUUAAUAACUGUUUCUAUUAUUUGUGUCUGUGGUGAGACAAUGAAAAAUUAACCUCUGAUUUUCUGAAUUAUUAUUAUAAAGUGUUUGUGUAAAAAAAAUCUGUUUUGCAAAAUCAGCAUUUUUGUGCUAUUUCUGAUUUUAUACAUGGAGCAAUAAUUUUUUGUCGAAAUGAAUGAAGAGAAACUCUUGAAGAGAAAACAACGCGCUUUGCGUGACAAUAAUUUUAGUCAGUUGAAGGAAAUUUUGAAAAAUCUUGGCGACUUUUAUUUUGAGCAGGGAGAUUUUGAAAAUGCCUUGCAACAAUAUGUUGAACAAGCGGAAGUUUGCAAAAGCGAUAAACUAGAAUGUGCGAUAGCACAUCGUAUGAUUGGAGAAAUGUAUGGUAAUUUAGGAAAUUAUCAAGAAGCUCUCUUUCAUCAAAAUUUACAUCUAGAAGGAGCUCGUGAACUUGAAAAUCUCCUAGAAGUUCAACGAGCUUUUGCUACUUUAGGAAGGACGUACUUUUGUUUAGCUGAAAGCAUAACAGAAAAAGGCGAUGAGAAAGAAGAAGCUCUUAAAAAUGCCAAAAAAGCGUAUUGUAAAAGUAUUCGCGUUUGUUCCAAAUUGGAAGGAAGUGUAAAAGAGGAGGAAUUACACACAAUGCGAGCUAGAUUAUUAUUAAAUUUGGGGCUUGUUCGAGAGGCUCAGAACGCACCAAAAGAAGGCUUAGAGCAAUUAGAAAUAGCAGCUUCUUUAUGUAGAGAACAUAAUUUAACGGAGGAUCUUCAUCGAACACACAUUGCAUUAGGUUCUUUUCACGAAAGACAAGCAAAUUAUGAUCUAGCCUUGGAAUUCUAUGAUAAAUCGGCUAAAGUAAAUAAUAAUUCAAUGAAGGCCGAUGCUUAUUUAGCAAAAGCCGAAUUACUUCUGAAAUUAGGCGAAUGGUUAGAAGCGCGCAAACCGUUAGUGAAUCUUUACAUAAUGAAAAAUUUAUCUUCCGAUAUCCGGGACUAUGCUAUCAAACUAUUUCGAAUAGUUGUGACUAUUUGUAAUGCAGAGGACAGUUUGCUAGUCGAAACGAAUGCAGAAGCAAAGCAGAAUAUCUACGAAAAUUUAGGAGACGCGGCAGUUGAAGUGAAAUCCUACGAGAAGGCAAUAGAUUAUUAUGGAAAAAUGCUCAUGUACGCGGAAGAAUGUCGCAGCGAAAAAAUUGGUGCCUCUCUGGUUAGUUUAGCUCAAACAUUAAAAGACGCGGGACGAAGUGUAGAAGCAUUAAAUUACGCGAGACGAGAACUUCUUCUACAUACGGAUGAAAAAGAUAUUUGUCGAUCGACAUUAGAACUCGCUGCACUUAUGGUAUCGGCAAAAUCGCCAGAUAUCGAAAUACGAGAUCAAUUCAAUCAAGCACUAACGCUCGCUAAAAAAAUUAAUGAAACAAAAUUACAAUUAUCAGUAUUGAGAGAAUAUCUCAAUUAUCUCGAGACUGUCAAAGAUAAUGUAGAAGUCGAGAAUAUCGAAUUGAAAAUAAAAGCAUUAAAUAAAAUUAUCGAAAUUGAAUCCGAUGAUGAUGAAGAUGAACCAAAGACUCAACAUAUCGGCGAUGAUAUUUGUCUAGACGAAUUGUCCGAUGUCGAGGAGGCAUUACACAAAAUUGACGAUAUUCAAAAACCAAGAAGAACAUUCAAACGAGGUUUUGUUGUGAAAAGAAACGAAAAAGGUGAAACACCACUACAAGUUGCUUGCAUCAAGGGUGACAUCGAAACGGUCGAGAAAUUAUUAGCUAAAGGACAUCCAAUCCAUGUUCGUGAUUCUUUUGGUUGGACACCACUUCACGAAGCAGCGAAUUACGAUUUUGUCGAGAUUGCAAAGAUUUUAAUAAAGAAUGGCGCCAAUAUCGAUGACACAGGUGGACCGCAAUGCAAUGGAUUAACACCACUUCUCGACGCGGCAUUUAAUGGAAAUUUUUCCAUGGUUUAUUUUCUCAUUGAGAAUGGCGCCAAUGUGAAUGCAACAACAAACGAGAAUGAGACUGUAAUCGAUCUAUUGGAAGAAUGGAGGAAUCGUGCUGGUAAAUUGUCGAGUGAAAUUCAAACCGAGUACGAUCAUUGUUUCAGCAAAUUAAUUCAAAUAGUGACAGUUAAUCCAAAAAAUCGAAAGAAAACCACACCACAAAGAAAUAGAAUUUGGAUCGACGAUGAUAAUGAUCAGCAGGAAAAAAUGUUGGUCGAUAAAACAUCGCCCGAGAAGAUUUCUGCCGGUGAGGAUUAUAAGCGGACAAUAAUGAAUUUAAAGCACAGAGGUGGUUUGGCAAAUUCAUCGAAAAAUAUUGCGAAACAACACAAAGUCACAGCACCACUUUUGGACUCGGAAGAAAUUCUCGUUGACGAUUGGCUUGAGGACGAUAUAAUCCCCCCAGUUCGAAAAUCAAUCGAAUCAACAUCAUUUUCAAAAAGAAAUUCCAUUGAAUCGAGUUCGAAUAUCAAGAGAAAUUCCACUGAUUCAAACGUUAAACGACUUUCAUCCGAUUCAUCGAACGUGAAACGUAAUUCAUCUGAUACAAACGUUAAACGUAAUUCAUUCGAUUCAUCAAACGUUAAAAGACACUCCUCAGAAACGCUAAAUUUCAAAGAUGGAAAAAAUAAAAUUAAAAGAAAACUUUCCGUUGAUUCGGAUGUGGAUUUAGAUACAAACAGUAGAGACAGUUUUGAGAGUAGUGAUUCGUUACAUUCGGAAUUUCCGAAGAGAAAAAAGAAGGCAAGACAAUCGUCUCUGUUGAGAAGUGGUUUCACUAAAGAUACAAAUUCCCGAACGCCGUCGCCGAUAUUUAUGGACACUUCCAAUAAUCUCAUUAAUCAGAUGAGCGCUUCAACAAUUAAUUUUUCUAUUCUUGUUGAUCACAAUACUUAUAAUGCGACAAUUACAUUUCUUACCGAUCGACAAAGUGUUCUCGAGAAUUUAAUGGAGGAAGUGAAAAAUAAAUUCGAAAAAGAGACAGGUUGCAAGGCAAAAUUAAGAAUUUCCACUUGGGAGGGUGUUGAACUCACUUCCGAAGUGACGCCGAAUUUUUUCCUCCGAUCUGGCGAUCCAGUUAAAUUAAAAGGAGAAAUAAUUGAUCUCUACACUCCUGGUAUCGUCGAACGGUACAAGAGUAUCUCUCAAAAUUGCAAAACAAAUAUUCAAGAAACGACAAUAAAGUGCCUUAAAGUCUGUGAAAAUUCUUCCAUAUUUCGAUUAAAUUUCAAAGAGACAUUAGACGAGGAAUUACCACCGCUAUUGAAGUGUCUACAAUAUCAGAAAAAUUUACAAACCCUACAAUUAACAGGAGGAUUACUCUUCAAUCAUGGAAAAUUAUUAAACAUUACCCUUCAAAGAGUGUCAUCUCUCUACGAAUUACAUUUACAAAAUUGUGACAUCGACUUUGAUGUUCUGUCACAAAUUGAACGAUUUCCUCAACAACUUCGAAUAUUAAAUCUCAGUUACAAUCCACUGGGUUCAAGAUGUCAGGGAAAAUUGUACAAUUUACUCGAACCUUUGCAGCAUCUUCAAACAUUAAAUUUACGCUACUGUAAAUUGGAGGAUAUACAAUUUACCCUAACAAACGAUGCACUUGAAAAUUUGGACGUCUCAUGGAAUGCACUCGGUGGCGAUGGUAUAAGUCGUCUAUUGCAAAGACAAAUGCUCGGCUUAACAUUAUCAAACACCCAAAGUCCAUGCAGUUCUAAUUUUGUCAGUAAAAUCAUAAAUAAUCCAAAAUACUCUCUAUUCGCAUUGGAGAAUUUAGAAUUGUCUUCCUGUAAAAUAACUGACGCCGAUGUGAGAAGAAUUUUAACAGAAACGCCAAAUCUUUCGAAAUUUGUCCUAAAUGGAAAUAAGGAUAUCACAAAAGUAUCAGUGAAUGCUUUAUUAAAACGACAACCAAGUUUAUUUUACAUUGAUGUUGCUGGUUGUGCGAAAAUUAUCGAUCUACCAUCAAUUGAUGUGACAAUAACGAGUCCAGAAGUUUGUACUUUAAUAAUAAGUAUGAUUGAAAAUGUGAUAGAUGAAUGGGAAAAUUUGUGGAGGGGAAGGGGUUUAUCUAGUAAAUUACCUCACGAUAUUGUUAUAUUUAAACCUGUAUAAUUUAUAUUCUAACAGUUUAUGUACAUAUUUGUAUCACACAACAGAUUCCGAUCUGAGUUUAAAUGUAUAUAAUUUAUUUCCAA